AUGGUCCAGGAGGAACGUAUCAAUCGUGAUCAUAGGUCUCCAUUGUUUCAGGAGGGACAACUUGACAAGAUAGGUAGCAGGAUAACCAGCAAACGCGUUGCUCAAAUGCUGGAGGAAUGCUCCAUGUGUUCAUAUAUUUUGGUUGAUAAGCAUCCUUAUCGUCAUGAUCCUUCUCAUAUUGUUACUCACAGGAUUCAAAGUUCCAUAACUGAAUUUGCAGAUACUUUAAUCAGAGCUCAGUUGCCUAGAAAGCCUAGUAAAUGGGGUCAAUUUCUUCAAAUAAUAGAUAAAGUGGUUGCAGAGGAAGUCAUGUUUCAAAUUUAUUCUGAGUGUUCACUUACUGAACCUUACGUUGCACGAGUUACAACGGAAGCUCUGGCCCAGGAUGCUGCUUUAUUUGUAGGAAACAGCAUGGUCAUACGUGAUUGCAACAUGUAUGGGCAAGGUUGGGUGAAAUCUGCAGCUGGUACUGCACCUGGGAUGUCAAGCUGUGGCACACAAUUUGAGGGAAUACGAGUGGCUGGUAAUAGAGGGGCAAGUGGUAUUGAUGGGUUGCUUAGCACAGCUAUUGGAUUUGCAGUAGGAUGUAAUAGGCGGGUAAGUGCAUAA